AUUGACGUAAAGAUUAAAAAAAAACUCACCAAGAACAAAAAAAAAUAAAAAAAUAAUAUGGCCGUUGGAAUGGCGUCAUAAAUACUUUUUGACGUUGUUUAUAUUUGUGCAAAAAUAAUCGUAUUACAAUAAUUUUGUGUCAUUUUUAUGGUUCUUGUGAGUAUAAUCUAAGUGGUCUAUAGAGAUUGUGCUUAUAUGGUACAUAAUUAUGUGUUAGUGUAAUAAAAGUAAGAUGUCAAACAACACUGUCGGUUCGUCGGGGCCUGCUCCCGGCAAAAUACGUGGACCUGGAAGACCUCCAAAACGUACAUGCACUUGGUGUGCAGAAAGCAAGACUCCUUUGAAAUACGUUUUGCCAACAGAAAACGGUAAAAAAGAGUUUUGUUCCGAAACGUGUCUCUCCGAAUUCAGACAAGCAUAUAGUAAAGGCGCUUGUCUGCACUGCGACAAUGUUAUCCGUGGCAACGCUCCAUCCAGCAGUAAAAAUUUCUGUUCUACUUACUGUCUUAACAAAUAUCAAAAGAAAAAUGAAAAACGAACUACUUCACCACAGUCUGGUAAUGGCGCAAAUGGCACUGAAACCCACUCCAAUAAUAAUUCAACAGGGUCUUUUUAUGAUAUAUAUCAGGCAUUUGAUUGGAACGAAUACAUGAAAGAAACUAGCAGUGUUGCAGCACCACAAGAAUGUUUCAAACAGGCACCAGUACCACCUGUAAAUGAUUUCAAAGUGAACAUGAAAUUGGAAGCUUUAGAUCCGCGAAAUUUAACAUCAACUUGUAUAGCUACAGUUGUAGGCGUUUUGGGCCCUCGGUUGAGGCUAAGACUUGAUGGUAGUGACAAUAAAAAUGACUUCUGGCGGCUGGUGGAUGCUGGAGAUAUUCAUCCUAUAGGACAUUGUGAGAAAAAUGAUGGAAUGUUACAGCCACCUCUCGGAUUUCGAAUGAAUGCCAGUAGCUGGCCUAUGUUUUUGCUCAAGACUUUGAAUGGUGCAGAAAUGGCCCCUUCUAAGGUGUUUCAACCAGAACCACCUACUCCUAAGACAAAUUUAUUUGUUGUGGGUCAAAAAUUGGAGGCAGUGGAUAAGAAAAAUCCACAAUUGAUAUGUUGUGCCACUGUUGGUGCUGUAAAGAAUGAUCAGAUUCAUGUAACGUUUGAUGGGUGGAGGGGUGCAUUUGAUUACUGGUGUAGGUAUGACUCACGGGACAUAUUCCCGGUGGGCUGGUGUGCCAGAGCUGGGCAUCCUUUGCAGCCACCAGGUCAGAAGAGUGCCACAGCUCCCUCUAGGUUUAAAUUACGGCCCAGUGGUAUUCCUACGAAUCCAGCUUUACCUGAGGGUGGGUCUACGGGGGCUGGGAAUUCUACCAGUUCAAGUACUUCUGUUCCGGCUGCUACAGUCCAACUGCAUAUUCGUAGUAGUUGUUCAGGAGGCAGCAGCUCAUUGCCUACUAAGGUGUCAGGUUCUGGGCCAUCUGGUGCUGCAGAAGCUCUGGCAAAGGAACUACUUAGUGUUCACCCUGACCCACAGACUCUGACAAGAGCUAUAUUAUCUGCUUCCAGUAGCUUUUCUAACAUAAAUAAUGUGCAGGUUUCAGCAGGUACCAAGAACUACACUGUUAAGGUUCCAUCAGAGUUAACAAAUGAGGAAUUAAAAAAUUGGCUUAAGGCAGUGUGCAGUGGAGUGGGAUGUUGUGUGGGGAUGAUUGAAAUAGACACGGGCGAGGCUGCGGGCCGGCCUUGCUUGCUCUGUGGUGAAUCCACUUCCAACAACGCAUCACCACCAGCUGUCAAGAGAAACAAAAGUGAAGAAACAGCGGGCAGCAGUGUAAACGGCGCUGGGUGCGCGCCAGGCCCCAAGGUGGCGCGCGUGUCGCCGGAGCGCGGCGAGGCGGCGUCGUCCACCACGGGCGCGCCGCCGCCGCCCGCGCCGCACGCGCCGCCCGCCGACUGGUCCGUGGAGGAUGUCAUCGGGUUCAUCGCCGCUGCCGACCACGCACUCGCCGCGCACGCAGACUUGUUCAGAAAACAUGAAAUAGAUGGAAAAGCCCUACUUCUGUUGAAUUCAGACAUGAUGAUGAAGUAUAUGGGGCUAAAACUUGGUCCCGCAUUGAAGAUUUGUAAUUUAGUGUCUAAAAUAAAGAAUCGCCGACACUAUAGUACAUAAUUAAAUUAUUUUGUAUUAAGUUUUGCUCGCAGAGUUUGAAACUGAAAGUUUCAAAUUUUAAAUAUAUUAAGUAUUUUUUUGCAUUUUUGUUCAAUCUUUUCUUGAGAUAUGAAUAGUACUUGAGUUUUGUUUUGUCUGAAUCUCAGGGAAAGUAAUUUCUUUGCAUAAUAUUAGUAAGCAAAGUGAGAGAAACUAAUGUAUUGAGCUUUACAACAGAAACUAAAUCAAAUCAGUGAUAUACAAGCAAUAUAUCAGUUUUAGUAUGUAUGCACUCUCUUUCUCUACAUUUACCACUUUUACAAUCUGAACUUAUUAAUUCAUGUGCAGCUCCCUGGUUAUUCUGUUCUAUAAUAUAAUUUGAUAUUAAAUUUGUCUGUAAAUAUCUUGGAUGAGUUAUAUUGCAUUUAAUGUGUAGAUUAUUGAACUUAAUUAUUAUCAAUUUUAAUCUCGCUGGCUGUAUUAGAAUAGUAAUUGUAUUUGUAUAUAAGUAAUUGGCUAGUCGUUCGUGGGUCGCCGGCCGUCGCCCUGACAGGAUCGCACACAAAUUAUAUCUAAAAUUUCAAAUCAGGCGCCGUUAUAUGUACAGAAAUUUUUAAAUAGAAAUUAGGGUCUAGUGCCUUUCAAUCAUUAGGUGUACUUAAAAUGUCCCUACAAGCCAUGAAAAGACAAGUUGAGCGUUCAAGGACACCAAUAACAGUAGCUGUGAUUUUAUCUUCUGAUACUUAUGAUUAUAAUCGCGUUUAAUAGCUUAUUUAAUCUUCAAUUUCGUGACUUCAUCCUCGUACACCUACCAAUAUAGGUAUUAUAUAUUACUGAUGUUCCUCUUACGACUUCUGUGCUUGAGUUUGGAAUGAAGGAUUUUAUUUCUAUAGCAUUUUUUUAUUAUAAACUUUUGUUAAUUUGCCAUUGGAGAGUUAACUUAAAAUGUUGAAACAUUUCAUCAUGUGAUAUAUUAAUGUUAUCUGUUAUCGUGAUAAAGAAUUAAUAUUAAUUAUAUGUUUGUUUAUAUAUUUGAUUAUUAUGACUUGAUGUAUUCUUAAGUUUGGUCAUGACAUGAAUAUCUUCUAGGUAUUAUUUUAAAUAUUGCUUACUUCGUUGAUGUAAAUAAUUUGAUUUCACUGGGAGAUUUCAGUGGCUUUUGUCUGAAUGCAAUCAGUUGUAUUUUUAUUAUUUUUAACUUGUAUUUGACCUUAAAUAAUGACACGAAUGAAGUGAUCAACUUGAUUUCCCAAUUUUAUUGUAAUAGAUUUUAUGUAAAUUUACAAAAGUAGAGUACCUAUCUCACGUUUCAUAAAACACUAAACUUACUCUUUGAGUACUUUGUAUUAUAUCGUACAUAAAAUUCGGAAAAGUGUGAACAUUUUUCACAGAACUAUUAUUUUAUUAAUGUAGUAGGUAUUUAAAAUUAUUUUAUGUAAAUAAUUAAGCGAGUAAUUGGUAAUAGAAUUGUAUAAAAUUUAAUAAAACGCAAAUAAAUC